AUGGCGUCUUCUACUCUCUCUACAAUUACUUUGCGCUCCUUCUCUUAUCCUUCCUACGCCGCCACCACUCAAGGUGCAUCUCCCGCAGUCUUUUUCCCCAAACAAACCCUAGAAUUCCCCCUCCGAACCCCCAAACUCUCCCACCGAUCAACAUUUAUCCGCCCUGUUGCCGCCGUGGCCGAGGGGAAGGUUGUAGAGCUAGGAGAUGAAAUUUCGAACCUAACCCUUGCAGAUGCACAGAAGCUAGUUGAGUACCUCCAAGACAAGCUUGGAGUCACCGCCGCUUCCUUUGCUCCUGCUGCGGUUGUUGCCGCACCUGGCGCUGGAGCUGAAGCACCUGCUGCCGUGGAGGAGAAGACGGAGUUCGAUGUUGUGAUUGAUGAGGUUCCUAGUAACGCGAGGAUUGCGACGAUUAAAGCCGUUAGAGCUUUGACGAGUCUGGCGCUUAAGGAGGCCAAAGAACUUAUUGAAGGACUUCCGAAGAAAUUCAAGGAAGGAAUAUCGAAAGAUGAAGCAGAAGAGGCUAAGAAACAACUUGAAGAAGCUGGCGCAAAAAUUUCGAUUGUUUAG